AUGAAACGUAAACGUGAUCAUGGCAAAGGUCAACCAAACAAAGAGAAUGAGAGUCCUCAUCAAAAUGAAAACAUUGCCACUGCUGGAAAUGAAUCCGACCAGAGAUGGUGUCAAACUCCAAGACUGCAAAGGGAAAAUCUUACAGUACCAGUACAGUCUAUUUUUUCAAGGCUUUCCGAAGGGAUUUAUAAGAGUCCUGCUACUACAUCUAUUGGUCCUAUAGAUGAACCAAUCUCAAACACUCCAAAAACACCAAGAAACAAACGCAAGACAUUUCUAGAUAUGGGUUUCACGUCAGAUGCUUCUAAGAAUACUCCAGAACCUACAUCAUGUCUCACGGCAUUACCAUCACGAGAGUUAAACACCAGUGAAGACAAAACAGAGCAUGGGGAAAAACCACCAAAACGGAGUAGAAAACACCUACAUGCCAAUUUUACCAGUUCAGCUAUGGGUUUAUUUGGCUCUACCGAACAACAAAUAUCACCAACUCCAGAAACCUCAGCAAGCAAACAGAAGAGGAAUAUAGCUAGCUGUACUCCAGAACAGGGAAGUUGUCUCACUUCAAAGAAACGAAGAAAGAAUCCUCCAGCUGUGUUAAAAGACAUUACAAAAAUAUCUCAGAUCUUUGUAAGAGAUAAGGGAAAUAUGCAAUCAAACACAGUCGAUGGUACAUGCGAAGAUCAUGACAGUGACGAUGAUGAUGCAGACAUCGACAAUGAUAUCGAUUUUAGAGGAGUACUUGAAGAAAUUGAUGAUUCUCUAGAGUUUGACUGUAGUUCCCAGGAGAGUUCUGAUACAGAAACUGAAGAAAACCAUUUUGCUGAUGAUGUUGAGCUGGAAACUGAAUAUCCUCAGUCUUCCUCUCCAACGGAGACGCUUAUUGCAAAGACGAGUGCACGUGCAACUAAGCGGAUGAAAACCAAAUCCAGUGGAAACGAUUACGGUAAGAAUUCACGUUAUGCUUACAUAAUUUUGAUUCUUACAUAG